AUUAGAGAGGAAAAGACGUGACGCCAGCAGUCGCUCCAGCUUCUCUGGCUGCUCUCUACCUCGCGGGAAACUGAGCUGAGAGUUAAUUUGUUAGUUGUUAUUUGUUUCUUAGUUCCUACAUAACAGGGAUUGUUGCCUUCAGGCUGAAAAGGAGCAAAGAAUACUGCUGAUAAUCCCAACAUUGCCUGGAUCCACACUGUAGUUUGUAUUUUUGUAUUUUAAGCACUUAUAUUUUUCCAGAGGUGAUUUUUCAGUUUUUGAGUCUAUUAACGGCUAGUUUCUUUCAGUUUUCCUACACCUACUUAUUGCUGCUGGAAUUCAAGUCUAUUGUUUUCUAAUAGUUUUGUUUUUUUCUGCACAGAGGAUGUUCUUAUCUAUGUUUUUCCUGCAGUUAGUAGAGCAGGUUGUGUUUUAAGUUCAGACUAGAUGUGAGAGGAGAAAACUGAUGUGAAGAUCCAACGCUGCCUGAAUUUCUACUGAUUUUUUUCUGCUGACUGAGGAGGACGCUGGGUUGGUGGAUUUAUUCACCCCCCCUUGGAUGUGACACUUUGAGCCAUGCUGCUGCUGCUUCUGCUGCUGCUCUGCCUGCAAACGUCACUGCAGGAACAGACUGCUCCUCCUGGUCGGUGUGAUAUCUCACAGGGGGUGGACGUGCACACCGUCUGCACUUCCUGUGCCGCCAUCGCCACCAGCAGCUGCCCCCACGGCUUCAGCAGAGUGAGCACGACCAACUGCAGUUACGUGGUGCAGAUCGGCGGCAGGGACGUGAUGCUGGAUGGAUGUCAGCACAUCUGUUUGAAGAGGUUCAUGGAGCCACAUUGUUGCCCACAGUACUGGGGACCUCUGUGUCUCCCCUGUCCCAGCUGGUCAGGGAAGAUCUGUAACUUCCAUGGAACCUGUCUGGAUGGAGAGCUUGGCAACGGGACCUGCGUCUGUGAUGAUGGUUUCUCGGGCUUUGCCUGUCAGGAGUGUAAAAAUGAAAACUUUUUUGGAGAAAAGUGUGAUAAAGUGUGUGACUGUGAACAUGGAGUGUGUAAUAAAGGUCCAGAGGGUGACGGACAGUGUUUGUGUCAGCCACCGUACACCGGAAAGCGCUGUGACCAAGUGAGUACCAGGUGCAGUAACUGCAGCCCCUAUUCGUACUGUAAAGGAGAGGGAGACGCCGCCGAAUGUGAAUGUUUGCCUGGACACAGGAAGACGCCACAGGGCAAAUGCCCAAGUAUUUGCUCAGCAAGGGACUGUGACGUCAACGCCCAGUGCUCCUCACAGGGGUCAAAGAUCAGCUGUGUCUGUAAGCCCGGCUACCAGGGUGAUGGCAAGAUCUGUGUACCCAAAAACCCUUGCUCUGAGAACAACGGAGGGUGUCCCACCAAUUCCACCAUAUGUGUCUUCAAAGGACCCGACAAGUCCAGCUGCGAGUGUAUGUUCGGUAUGUCCCCUGUAGGUGGCAACCCUGAGUUUGGUUGUCAGCUGGUCUCUGCCUGCUCAGCGGACACCUGUGACCCCACAGCUAUCUGUCAAACUGAACUGGAUGGACAACCCAGGUGUGUGUGUGAGGCGGGUCAGAUUGGUGACGGCCAGCGUUGUUAUGGUAACCUGAUGGAGCAACUGAUAGAGCUGGACAAGAGUGGAAGCCAGAGAGAAAAUCUGACCGGAGCCGUUGCCCUGUUUGAGAGAGGCUGUUUACAGCUGCUGAGUCACAACGGACCCUUCACAGCUUUCAUCCCUCUGCUGAAAACACCUCUGACUGGUGUUAAUGAGGAGGUGGUGUGUAAAAACCACCUGAUCCUGGGUCAGCACCUCUACAAGGAUCUGGAGGGACGAGACAUCAACCUGUAUGGAGGAGCCAGGUUGAGGAACAAAGACAACAAGAGGUUCAUCCUGAUGGACAACCCCAGCAGACUGUACACCGUCAUCCAGGAAAACCUGCCAGCAGCCAAUGGGAUCAUCCACAUCAUCGACCGACCAAUCACACUUUCUGAAAGGCCUCCGCCUGACAAACAGUUUGCUGAUAAGACAAUUGGUGAGAUUCUGACUAAGGAUGAAAAAUACAACCGCUUCCUGUCUCUGGUUGAUAAUAGCGGGUCGCCCCCUCCCCUGCGGGGCCCGGGACCCCUGACUGUGUUUGUCCCCACCAACCAGGCUGUGGACCGAGCCAGAGACGGCAGUAUCUUGUACAUGCUGAACGACGCCAAACAUAAACUUCAGGAACUUCUCAGACACCAUGUUUUCUCCCAGGCUAUGCUGACAGUCGACGAGUUGGCUACUCUCCCUCAGAUUCAGACGAUGGCUAAUCAGAUCGUCACCAUCACUGUGUCCGAUAAUGGUGAGAUCCAAUUGGGCGAGAAGGGCGUCCGUCUGGUGAGCACCAACAUUGUGGCGUCCAACGGGAUCAUCCAUAUGAUUGACGGGCUUUUGUACCCGCCCUCCAUUCUUCCCAUCCUGCCUCACCGCUGCGAUGUCAUCGAGCACAAGAUCACCGUGGGUCCAUGUGUUCACUGCAGUUACCUCUAUGAGACUCAAUGUCCAGAUGGCAGCACUGAAAUGGACAGUCAUCAGAACGGCUGUGAAUAUGUCACGUCUCCUCUCAGGCCAACACUCAGUACAGGCUGCGCCAAAUUCUGCAACGCCACCAAACAGGUAGCAGAGUGUUGUAAAGGUUUCUACGGUCCGGACUGUAAACCCUGUAUUGGAGGAUUCCAGCAUCCCUGCUACGACAAAGGAACGUGCUUUGACGGUAUCCAUGGCAAUGGCUCAUGCAGCUGUCAGUCAGGCUUCAAGGGUGUCGCCUGCCACAUCUGCUUGGAUCCAUCCAAACAUGGAGACAAGUGUGACGAAGAGUGUCGCUGUGUCCACGGUGUGUGUGAUAACCGUCCAGGCAGCCGUGGUCUGUGUCGGAGAGGAUCAUGUAUGGAGGGAUACUCCGGAGAAAACUGUGACAAGACGGCCACGCCCUGCAACUCUGACGGACUCCAGGAACACUGUCACAUCCACGCUUACUGCACACAGACAGGACUGCAUACUAUGUGUGUGUGUAGAGAUGGAUAUGAGGGCGACGGCCACUCCUGUUCUCCCAUCAACCCCUGCCUGAAGAGCAACCGAGGAGGCUGUGACACCAACGCAGAGUGUGUGUAUGUGGGUCCAGGUAAUGCAUCGUGCUUGUGUGUUGAGGGUUGGACAGGUGACGGCAGUGUGUGUGUGGAGAUCAACAACUGUCAGCUGGAGAGUCGAGGAGGCUGCAGCCCCAACGCCAACUGUAACCACAUCGGACCUGGACAGAGUGAGUGUGUAUGUAAAACAGGUUACAUGGGGAACGGUAUCGUGUGUGAUCUCAUUAACCCCUGCCUCAAGAAGAAUGGAGGCUGCCAUGACUUGGCAGAGUGCUCUCCGAAGAAGGGCGGAGCUCACACCUGUACCUGUCCUGACGGCUACGCUGGAGACGGAAAGAUCUGCUACGGAUCAUUACUGGAUGAGCUGGACAUGAACCCAAAGCUGUACAGUUUCUACCGACUGACUCAGCAGUACAGUCUCUUCUCUAAGGACCUGAGUGGGAACCUCACAUUGUUGGUUCCGUCCAGUGCAGCUCUGAGGAACAUUAGUUUAGGUCAGGACUCGUUCUGGACCAGCCGACACCACCUGCCCCACUUCCUGCGGGCCCACAUCCUGCCAGGGAUCUACUCUGUAGAAGAUCUGGACAGACUGGUGGGCACCAGGCUCCCCACCCUGAAUUCCCCCACCUACUGGGAGAUCAGCAACAGCAGCGGGGUGAUCCAUAUUGGAAGGGCCUCCAUCCUCACCCACAACCUGCCUGCAAUUAAUGGCUACAUCCACAUCAUAGACCAGAUACUGACCCCACCCCACUCAGAGCUCCCCCCCGAGCCCCCCACCCUGAUGGCCUUCCUGAACUCCUCUUCCGACUUCACCUUGUUCAGACAGUACGCUCUGAUGUACAAUCUGUCAGAGGUUCUGGGUGUGUUUGAUUUCACCCUCCUGCUGCCAACAGAUGAUGCCAUCAGGCAGCACCUCAACAGGACUAACUCUUCCAUCCUGGACUCUGAUGUGUUCAAGUACCAUGUGAUUCUCAUGGAGCUGCUCUUCCCCAACCACCUGCAUGACGGCACUAUGAGAAGCACACUGCUGGGUAGCGAGUACCAGGUCCAGUUCCACUUAAACAACAACAACCAGACAACUGUGAACGACAUUCCUCUUGACGGCAGUUUCAUUGAGACGCAGUACGGUGUCAUCAUAGUCCUCCCUCAGGUCCUCAAAAUCCGCCGCAACAGAUGCAGCAAACAGGUCACCAUGAAGGUCAAUGGAAGGUGUACAGACUGUGGUGGGCCACCUCGAUGCCUGUUCAACUACAAACCAAUCAGACAACAGUUUCCAGCCAACAUGAAGCCCAACUGUAAAUUCAGGAAGCGAGUCGGAUCCAGGAGGAAGACGGUGUCAGGCUGUUACAUCGAUUGUCUUCGGUUAACCAUGGAUCACUCCUGUUGCCCUGGUUACUACGGCCACGAGUGCUUCAAAUGCCCCGGAGACGUCGGCAGCUGGUGCUCCAAUCACGGGGAGUGUCAGGACGGUAACCAUGGCAACGGGGAGUGCCGUUGCUAUGAGGGUUUCCAUGGCACCGCGUGCGAGGACUGUGAGCCAGGACGAUACGGAGUCAACUGCUCCUCCAAGUGUGUGUGUGACCACGGAAAGUGUGAGGACGGUCUGGCAGGAAGUGGCAGGUGUGUGUGUUAUAAAGGUUGGAAAGGAGCUUCCUGCUCUAUAGAGAUAAAGGACGACGCCUGUGGAGGUGUGUGUGACGAGAACGCCAACUGUAUAACAGGGCCGAAGGGUUCAGCUGCUGCCUGUGUGUGUGUGGCUGGGUAUGAAGGCAAUGGAACUUACUGCAAAGAGCUGGAUUUGUGCAGCAGGUCUAACGGUGGAUGUUCAGAGUUUGCCGUCUGUGCGAAGGUCUCAGCAGGACAGAGAACCUGUACCUGUAGAGAGGGGUACACUGGAGACGGGGUCGUCUGCCUGGAGAUUGACGGCUGUCUGGUCAACAAUGGAGGCUGCCAUGUGUCAGCAGAGUGCAUCAGAACAGGCGCCAACACUACUGCAUGCAGGUGUCUGCUGGGCUUUCAGGGAUCAGGGAGGUUCUGCUACCCCGUCAACCCCUGCAGAAAUAACAAUGGCGGCUGCAGUAUGCAUGCUCGCUGUGAGUACUUUGGUCAAGGUCAAAGGAACUGCACCUGCCUCAGAGGCCACGUGGGCGAUGGCUUUGAUUGCCGGGGAAGCACCAACAAUGAGCUGUUCCGACGUCCAGAGAACGCCUUCUUCCGUCGAAUGUUAUCUAUAUCAGGCCCUCGUGGUCUAUAUGGUGACGGGCCGUUCACUGUCUUCGUCCCUGUAGAGGAAACCAACAACGACUCCUCUUUCGAGGUGUGGAAGCGGUUUGGUCGUUUUACUGACCUGCUUCAUUACCACAUUGUUUCCUGUGAGACUUUGACCUUGAGUGACCUCAAAACCACCAAGCUUGCUGUCUCAACAUCGGGACACACACUGCACUUCAGCCUGCAGCAGGGUUCAGUCUGGGUCAACAACAGAUCGAGGAUCGUGAAGAGUGAUUACACCACAGCUAACGGAGUCAUUCACCACAUCGACACGCUGUUGACACCCUACAGGCUGCAGGACAAACCAAGCCUCCAGUCUGACACGAUGAACUUCACCUCAGCUGCUGUGUUUUAUGGCUACAGCCACUUCUACAAACUCGUGGAGGAUGCAGGGUUACUCCCAGUGCUCCAGAUGUCCAUCCACCAACCGUUCACCAUGUUCUGGCCCACAGACAAGGCCCUCAAGUCCCUGCCAGCUGAAAGACAGCUCUGGCUCUCCAGCCCCGACCACCAAGACCAACUGGCUGCCACUGUGAAGGCUCACAUUAUACGUAACUCCAAGGUGACGAGUAUCAGUCAGCCGGAUAAAUACUCGACGCUCCGCACCAUGCACGGAUCCACCAUCAAGUACAGCUGUGACAAGAACCUGGUGGGGGCUGUAUUAAUUAAUGAUAAUGCAGCCAGGGUAGUGGAGCGCUUCCUGAACUUCAAAGAGGGCUUGGCCUAUGGCAUCGACCAGUUGCUGGAGCCACCUGGCCUGGGAGCGCACUGUGACACCCUGGAGAACAGAACCACUUAUGGGCGCUGUGGACGCUGCCUCUUCCCUCCAUCCUGCCCCUUCAGACACCAAGACACAGGAAAGAAGGAGAGUUGCUUGAACUUUCACUCCAGGUAUGGGGGCGGCUACGGACUUUGGUAUACUGACCUGGACGAUCAUUUCAGCCGGAUGGCCUGUAAGAGAGUUUGUUAUUUUCCAUCCUGGGUCCAAAAGUGCUGCAAAAACCACUACAGCCGAGACUGUCAAGUUUGUCCAGGUGGUGUGGAGGCCCCUUGUGGCAACCAUGGUGACUGCGACGAUGGCCUGCGCGGUUCAGGAAAAUGUAGGUGCCACGAAGGCUUCAUAGGAAAAGCCUGCGAACUGUGUGUCAUCGGCCACUACGGUCCCAACUGCACAGUCUGCAGCUGUGGGAAGCAGGGAAGGUGUGAUGAGGGCAUUGAAGGUACUGGACAGUGUUUCUGUAACCCGGGCUGGGAGGGUGAUCACUGCCAGAACGAAAUAGGCACGAUCCCAGAGGAGUGCCGGCAGUGCCACGCUCAGGCCGACUGUGUGCCAGGUGUUGGUUGUCAGUGUAAAUCUGGAUUUCAGGGGAACGGCACCUUCUGCAGUCCAGAGCCACCUCCAGACCUCUGCUCCGAGUAUAAUGGCGGCUGUCACCAGAACGCAGACUGUAACCAAACGGGGCUGCUCGUCAACUGCACCUGUCAAAGUGCUUACCAAGGAGACGGCUACUCCUGCGAGCCCAUCAACAGGUGUAUUGAAGAGCCCAAUGGUGGCUGCAGUGACUUUGCCUCCUGCAAGUUCACUGGUCCAAACGAGCGUGAGUGCGAGUGCCUGCCGGGGUACCUGGGUAAUGGAGUCCAGUGUCUGGAGAAGGUGGUGCCCCCUGUUGACCGCUGCCUGGAAGACAACGGAGGCUGCGACCCUACGGCCGUUUGCAAGGACCUGCAUUACCAUGCCAACACAGCCGGAGUGUUCCACCUGCGCUCUCCAGAGGGGAAGUACAAGAUGAACUUCAGUCAGGCCGACGCCGCCUGCCAGGCUGAGGGCGCCACGCUGGCCAACUUUAAACAGCUGGGAGACGCACAGCAGCUGGGGAUGCAUCUGUGCGUGGCCGGUUGGAUGGAGGGGGGGAAGGUGGGAUACCCGACCCGCUUCCCCUCGGCCAAGUGUGGGGACAACCACGUGGGCCUGGUUAUCUACAAAGAACCUGUGGAUCAGAGCAGCAAGUACGACGCCUACUGCUACAGACUCAAAGAUGUUUCAUGUGUGUGUCCCGCUGGUUACAUUGGAAACGGAGACUUCUGUAAUGGCGUCCUGACCAGCGUCCUCGCAACAUACAGUAACUUCUCCAUCUUUUAUAAGUUGUUGUUGGACUAUAGCGGCUCGUCCUCGGAGGGCAGACAGCUUGUAGACUUUCUGUCUAACAGGAAGUCUGAGGUCACACUGUUUGUUCCUCAUAACGCCGGCUUUGCCCAAAACCAGACUCUGUCCGGUAGAGAUCUUGAGUAUCACAUCUCAGCCAAUCACAGCAGACGACCAUUCAAGGAUCUGAGACAUCAGAAAGUAAUUACAUCCAGGCUUGGGUUCAACCUGACUGUUACCCAGGGCAACAACGAGAGCUAUAAGAUGGUGAACCAGCGGCUGCUGUUGGAUUGGGACAUUCCUGCUGUAAACGGGAUCAUCCACAUCAUCGAGGCCCCGCUGACAGCGCCCCCCCCACCGAGCUCCCAUGAUGCUUCCCGAGGCAACGCCCACUCAAGCGGCACAGUGUCAGCCAUCUUGGUGUCAGUGUUGCUGGUGUGUGUGUUGGCUGCACUCGGCUACUAUGUCUUCAAACACAAGACCGACGCCUUCCGCUUCCACUACUUCAGAAAUGAGGAUGAGGACAGUGCGGCGGGCGGCAGGACGAAGCCCACCCUGGUCUCCAUUCCUAACCCCCUGUACAGCGGCUCCAGAGCCUUCUCCGAGCCGUUUGCGGAUGCCAGUCAGGGGAUUGAGCCAGCAGAACCUGAAGAACCACCAAAUAUUCUGGACCUGGACUAGUAAAACUGGAGCUGUCUGUUUACAUACCACAAUAACCUGUUGGCUUAUCAUGCUUCAGCUUUUACUCUGUUCAUCUGUAUCCAAAUAAGAAAUAAAAGUCAUCUGUUUACCCAGAUGCCCUCUGGGAGGAAAA